UGCAAAAUAUUCAGCAAAUACGGAAAAAUAAUUAAUUUACCGAUUUUAAGGUUAACAGUAUUCCUUUGAUAAGCAACGAAACUACUGCAUUUAAACAUUUCUACUUUUAUGUGUGUUCCACAACAAUUUUUUUAUUUAACAUCACAAGGACGAGAAAGGAUAAAGCGUGUUGUACCAAUUGUACAAAUACACAAAUAACUUUAAAAAGUAAAGCAGAUCAAAAUGGAUUUAUCGAGGCGGUUGCGAUCGCCGAUCACAAUACUCUUAACACUUCUAAUAUGUGUUCAUUCAUCACAGUCUAGAUUUCAUGGAAAUAGGCCAAAAAGACAGUAUGGUGAAAACUUAUAUUUACCAGAGAGUUCGAUAACUCCUGGUGGCGAAGGCGAUGAUCCAAAUGAAUGGACUGAAUGGAGUUCUCCUUCUGAGUGCUCAAGAUCAUGUGGAGGCGGUGUUUCUUAUCAAACAAGAGAGUGCCGACGGGUUAAUCGAAAUUAUGAACCCGAUUGUAAAGGUGGCAACCGGAGAUAUUAUUCAUGUAAUACACAAGAUUGUCCUGAGGAUGAACCAGAUUUUCGAGCACAGCAAUGUACGCGUUUUAAUCGUAUGCCCUUCGAUGGUAUUUAUUACGAAUGGGUACCGUAUACCAAUGCACCAAAUCCCUGUGAGCUCAAUUGUAUGCCCAGAGGUGAACGUUUUUAUUACCGACAAAAAACAAAGGUAAUCGAUGGUACAAGGUGUAACGAUAAGGAUCUUGAUGUUUGUGUAGAUGGUGAAUGUCAACAUGUUGGUUGUGAUAUGAUGUUAGGUUCGGACGCAAAAGAGGAUGUAUGCAGAAAAUGUGGUGGGGAUGGUAGCUCAUGUAAAACCAUUGCGGACAGAUUUACAACACCUAAUCUAGCAGCAGGUUAUAAUGAUAUUUUAUUAAUACCAAGUGGUGCUACAAAUAUACGUGUUCAGGAAACGGAGCCAUCCUACAAUUACUUAGCUUGCCGUAACUUAACAAGCCACUAUUAUUUGAAUGGAAAUUGGCGUAUUGAUUUCCCACGUCCUAUGUUCUAUGCGGGUUCGUGGUGGAAUUAUCAACGGAAACCUACAGGAUUUGCUGCCCCUGAUCAAUUAACAAGCAGCGGGCCAAUAACAGAGGCUAUUUUUAUUGUAAUGCUUGUUCAGGAUAAAAAUGUUAGUAUAGACUAUGAAUAUAGUAUACCAGAAUCGCUAAGCCAUUCAUCGCCAAAUGUAUAUACAUGGACACAUAAAGAAUUUGAUGAGUGCAGUGCGUCAUGUGGUGGUGGCACUCAGUCAAGAACUGUAACGUGUAAUAAUCGUUUGAAUUUAGAAGAAGUAGAUCCUACCUUAUGUGAUAGUAAUAGUAAACCAGCAGAAACUCAGGAAUGUGGCAACGACCCUUGUGCACCACGUUGGGUUGAGGAAGAAUGGAGCAAAUGUUCUAAAGGAUGUGGACAUGAUGGUGUUCAAAAUCGUACAAUAUCAUGUGAACGUAUAUCACCAAAUGGCGAUAGAACAAAAGAGGCUGAUUCAGUUUGUCUAGAACAGGUUGGAAAUAAACCUGCAGAUACACAAGAAUGUAACAGGGAUGUUGAAAACUGUCCAAAAUAUCAUUUAGGGCCAUGGACACCGUGUGACAAAUUAUGCGGAGAAGGCAUCCAAAAACGUAAGGUGACCUGUUAUAUAGAAGAAAAUGGCCAUAAGAAAGUAUUGAAUGAAGAGGAUUGCUUGGAUGAAAAACCAGAAACAGAAAAAUCUUGUAUGCUAAGUCCAUGUGAGGGCGUCGAUUGGAUUAUAUCACAGUGGAGUGGGUGUGAGGAAUGCGGUCAAAAUGUUGAAACUCGUACUGCUGUUUGCGCAUCGAAAGAUGGAAAGAUCUAUCCUGAUGAAUUUUGUGCACCAGAAGUUCCAACUUUAUCUAGACCAUGCAAGUCUAAAACGUGUGCUACGCAAUGGUUUACAUCAGAAUGGAGUAAAUGUUCGUCUGCCUGUGGAAAAGGCGUUCAAACGAGAAUUGUUUUAUGUGGUGUAUUCGAUGGCAAAACUAUAACUUCAGCAGUAAGUGACUCCGAGUGUGAUUCUUCUAAGAAACCUGAAUCGGAACAAGAAUGUGAAGGUGAAGUUAAAGAGUGUCCUGGCGAAUGGUUUACUGGACCAUGGAAUGACUGUAGUAAAGAUUGCGGUGGUGGCGAAAAGGUACGGGAAGUGUUGUGUUUAUCAAAUGGAACAAAAUCAUUAAAUUGUGAUGAAUCCAAAAUGGAAGCCAUUUCCGAAAAAUGUAAUGUACAACCUUGCACUGAUGAUGAAGUAAUUCCAGUUGACAGUACUUCUAAACCCCUUGAUGAUGAUGAAGAUUCUGAGGAAGAAUGCAUUGAGGACAUGGACGAUGAUGAUGUUGAAAUUGUUUCACAAAAAAUGUCAGAAGAUCUUAAAUUAACUGAAGGCAUUGACUUAGAUGAUGAAUCAACCACACUUUCUUCAUUAAUUACAGAUGAACUAAUGCUUAGUGAUGCUCCAUCAUCGGACGAAACUAGCUCAGAUGAUGUUUCAACAGAUCUUCCAUUAACAACUGAAGGAUCAGGUGAUCAAACUGAUAUAACGGAUAGUUCAAGUUUAAGUACAGAAGGAAGUGGUGAUUCUUCAGAUUCUUCAAGUGAGUCACCAGUUAGUACAACAUCUGUUACGGACAGCGAUAUUUCAACAGAAAGUACUUCUUCCUCUGAUACAUCAUCGUCUACGGAGGCAUCUACUGAUGGAAGUUCAGAAGGGUCAACCAUUUCGUCUUCUGAUAUGACAAGUGAAACAACUGAUUUAUCAAGCUCUCAAGAUACUUCGGAAUCUACAACUGACUUAUCAGCAUCAACCGAUUCAAGUGAUACAACGGAUACAACCAGUCCUCCUGAUUCUACAGUAUCAGGAGAAACUUCAUUUGCCACUGAUACAAGCUCGUCUGACGGGUUGUCUUCAUCAACAGAUUCGGGAUAUUCCUCAACUGAUUCAUUAGGUUCAACAGUAUCUACGGAAUUAUCAGAAUCUACAGAGUCAACUGAAACAGCGCAAACAGGUGAAUCAACUGACUUAACGGAGUCUACUGAUUCGACUGUGUCACCACAAUCAUCUGAAUCUUCCCAGUCUACUGAGCCAUCUGUAUCCACUGAAUCCACAAUAGAUGUGUCAACCGAAUCCUCAAUGUCGACAGAAUUCUCUACUGAAACUUCAAGUGAGUCAUCCUCAUCAACUGAUUUGUCAACCGAGUCUUCAUCAUCACAAGAAUCAUCGGAGACAACUGUUAGCUCCUCUACUGACUCAUCUGUUUCGACUGAAUCCACAACAGAUAUGUCAACGGAAUCCUCAAUGUCAACAGAAUCCUCUACUGAAACUUCUAGCGAGUCAUCCUUAUCAACUGAAGGGUCAACUGAGACUUCAUCGUCAGAAGGAUCAUCGGAAACAACUCUGGGUUCAUCUUUGUCAACUGAAUCCACAACAGAUAUGUCAACAGAAUCCUCAAUCUCAACGGAAUUCUCUACUGAAACCUCUAGCGAGUCAUCCUUAUCAAGUGAGGGAUCAACUGAGGACUCGUCAUCACAAGGAUCAUCCGAAACAACUAUUAGUUCUUCAGACAGCACUAUUGAAUUAUCCACUGAGUCUACAAUCGAUAUGUCGACAGUCAUAUCUUCAUCAUUGAGCACAGAAAGCACAGACGCGAGUAGUUCGACAGAGUCAGUUACAGAAGUCAGCGAUGAUAGUUCCUCUUCUUCUACAGACACUUCAGGUUCUGAUACAACGGAGUCAUUAGAAACUGGAAGUACUGAAACCACUGUGGAAAUAACCACGGAUUCAAGUGCAAGUAGUGAUGAAUCGACAAUAUCUACAGAGAGCUUAAGUACUGAGGGCUCGGGAGAUGAUACAACUGAUACUUCUCUAUCUACUGUCGAAACUAGUGAAAUAUCAACAUCUUCUGAUGAAAGUUCGGUUUCAACUGAACAAAUAUCUACCGAAAUUGGUUCAACAGAAGAAACAACAGAAAAUACUGCCACAACUGCGUCAGGUGAAACGUCGAGUACUGAAAUUGGAUCAACAGAUAGUUCCAUCAGCUCUACAGACAUGUCAAUGUCAACCAUGGAAAGCUCUACAGAUGUUUCCAUGUCAACAACUGAAAGCUCUACAGACAUUUCAAUGUCAUCCGAAGACACAACUAUUGAUAUUUGGUCAACCACCGAAGAUGACAGUGAAGGAACUACUUCGAGUAUACUUGAUAAUGUCUUUAGUAAAAAACCUAAGCAACGAAAAUGCAAGCCUAAAAAACCAAAGGAUUGUAAGACUUCUAAAUAUGGAUGUUGUCCUGAUAACAAAACUAAAGCUUCGGGACCAUUUGAUGAAGGAUGCCCAAUUGCUAAAACGUGCGCUGAAACUGAAUUUGGAUGUUGUCUUGAUGGUGUGUCUCCUGCAGCAGGCAAAAAUCAUAAAGGUUGUCCGAAGUCUCAGUGCGCUGAAACAUUAUUUGGAUGCUGUUCCGAUAAAUUUACUCCAGCUGAUGGCGAAAAUGAUGAAGGUUGUCCUGAACCAACAACUGAGCCUCCUACCACAACUACUGAAAUUCCUACGACGGAAACGGAAGAAGGAACAGAAGAAACCACUUCUGAAUCAGAAGUCACCAAUGUAUCUGAUCUCACGACUACAACUCCUGACGAAAGUGUUGUGAAGUCCUGUUCUUCUGCAGAGUUUGGUUGUUGUCCAGAUGGUAAAACGGAAGCUAAAGGUAAAAACUCUGAGGGUUGUGAUGGCGUUGAUUCAAAAGACUGUAAGAAUUCUGUUAAUGGAUGUUGCGAUGAUGGUCGUUCCUUUGCUACUGGUCCAAAUGGUGAGGGAUGCGCUAGUUGUACAAGAGAACAAUUUGGAUGCUGCCCUGAUAAUCAAACACCAGCACAUGGACCACUUGGUGAAGGUUGUUGCUUGAAUUCACCUUAUGGUUGCUGCCCCGAUAACAUCAAUAGUGCCCGCGGUCCUAACUUCGAAGACUGUGAUUGUAAUUAUACACCAUAUGGAUGUUGUCCUGACAAAAAAACAUCUGCUAGAGGUCCUAAUAACGAAGGUUGUGAUUGCACAACAACACAAUUUGGCUGUUGUCCCGAUAAAAUCACACCCGCAAGCGGACCUAAAUUUGAGGGCUGUGCUUGUCACACAAUGCAAUUUGGCUGUUGCCCUGAUGGCGUUACAUUUGCACAAGGUCCACAUCAUUAUGGAUGCCAUUGUUCUCAAACAGAGUUUCAAUGCUGUCCUGAUGAAAAAACACCAGCUAAAGGACCAAAUAGUGAGGGAUGUACGUGUUUGGAGAGUAAAUUUGGCUGUUGUCCAGAUGGAAUUAAUUCUGCUAAUGGAACCAAAUUUGAAGGUUGCGAAAAUGUUAAAGAACCACCACAAAAAGCAUGUGGUGCACCGAAAGAAACGGGUCCUUGCGGCAACUUCAGCAUUUGGUACUUCUUUGAUACCUCCUAUGGAGCUUGUGCACGAUUUUGGUAUGGUGGGUGCGAAGGUAAUGGCAAUAGAUUUGAAACUGAAGCAGAUUGCAAAGCAACAUGUCAGGAGUACAAAGGAAAAGAAACUUGCUUAUUACCGAAGAGUUCAGGUCCAUGCACAGGGUUUAAUAAAAAAUGGUACUUUGAUUCUGAACUUAACCGUUGCGAACAAUUCAAUUAUGGUGGUUGUUAUGGUACAAGUAACCGCUUUGAUAGCUUGGAAGAGUGUCAAUCGUUGUGUACAGUUAGCGAAAGCAUACCACCAUGUGAUCAACCUAUGGAUGAGGGUCCAUGUGAAGGCAAUUUUGAACGCUGGUUCUAUGAUAAUCAAACAGAUGUAUGUCGUCCAUUCAUAUACGGCGGUUGCAAAGGAAAUAAGAAUAAUUAUCCCACAGAACACGCUUGCACAUACCACUGCAGGCAACCGGGAAUACAUAAAGAAUAUUGUUCGCUUCCUAAGCAAACCGGUGAUUGCAGUGAACAACACGCCCGUUGGUACUAUUCGGAAACUGACAAGAAGUGCAUGCCAUUCUACUACACAGGGUGUGGGGCCAAUAAAAAUAACUUCUUAUCAUUGGAAUCAUGUGAGGCUCAUUGCCCCAAGGAAGUUGCCAAGGAUGUUUGCGAAAUUCCUGCUGAAGUUGGCGAGUGUACCAAUUAUGUUGCCAUGUGGUACUUCGACACAAAAGAUGCUCGAUGUCGCCAGUUCUACUAUGGCGGUUGCGGUGGAAAUGGUAAUAAAUUUGCAACAGAAGAAGCAUGUCUCCAACAGUGUGAACGAAAACCUGAACCUGAACCUGAACCCGAACCAGAACCAGAAAGACCACCUCCACCACCUACCAGUGAUAAUAUCUGCAACUAUAAUGCAGAUCGUGGCACAUGUGAUAAUUAUGUUGUGCAAUGGUAUUACAAUACCAGCUUGGGCGGAUGCUACCAAUUUUAUUAUGGAGGAUGUGGAGGAAAUGAAAAUAGAUUUAACACUGAGUCAGAGUGCUCUGAACGUUGUAUUGAACCCCCAUUGCCACCAGCACCACAUACACAAACUCCUGCGCCAACAGAACAAGAUUUAUGCCAAUCAGCCGCUGAUAUAGGUGAUUGUGAUCAGUAUGAGUUGAAGUGGUAUUUCAAUUCAAGCAUAGGAAUUUGCGCGCAAUUCUAUUAUGGCGGUUGUGGUGGAAAUAAUAACAGGUUUGAAAACGAACAGGAUUGUAAUAGCCGAUGUGCUCCGCAAAUUGAUACUCGACUUGGGCAACCUGAAACAAAUGCAAAGCCUGAAAUUGAGCAACCAAGUGAGGGAGAAAAAUGUUAUUUGUAUCCUGAAAAAGGCGACUGUAAUGAUAACCAGAAUCGUUGGUAUUACAAUAGCCAAGAAGGUUUUUGCGAUGAAUUUAUAUACAGCGGUUGCGGUGGCAAUGCCAAUAAUUAUGAAAGCGAAGAUGAAUGCCAAAAUGCAUGCUUUGAUGUUCAAGCAACAUGUUCUCUGCCACCUUUCGAAGGAAGAUGCAAUGAAAGCCUGACUAGAUGGUAUUAUGAUGAACGCUCUCAGAAAUGUCAUGAUUUCAUAUUCACUGGAUGUCGCGCGAACAAAAAUAACUUCUUUACUGAAAACGAAUGUUUGGAUUAUUGUGGUCAUAGUGUUCCAGCAGUACCUGAAGAGCCACCGAAUUAUUCAGUUUGUGACUUGCCAGUGGAUGCAGGAGAAUGCGAAAAUUAUACCGCUGCUUGGUACUAUGAUAGAAAUACUAUGGCAUGUACUGAAUUUACUUUCUCAGGAUGUGGUGGCAAUGGUAAUAGGUUUACAAGCAAGGAACUAUGCGAUCGUCAAUGCGGCGAAUUCAAAGGAAUGGACGUAUGCAAUGAGCCAGUUAUGACUGGACCCUGCCGACAAUGGCAGACGCGUUUCUAUUACAAUAAAGCGACUGGUACAUGUGAUCCAUUCACUUAUGGCGGAUGUGAUGGAACCGGUAAUAGAUUUGAAAGUCGCUCUGAAUGUCAAUCGGUUUGUAUUGUAGGUCAGGAACCAGUAGUACAAGAAAAUAAAGAUAUAUGCAAAUUACCAGCGAGUACUGGAAAGUGCGAUGGACCUUCGAUAUUUGAGCGUCGUUGGUUUUAUGAUGACGAAAGAGGCACAUGCGUAUCCUUUAUUUACAGUGGUUGCUCUGGCAAUCAAAAUAAUUUCCGUUCAUAUGAGUCUUGUUAUGAUUAUUGUGCAAAACCGUUGCAUCCUCAACAACCAGACGACCAAACUAAUGAAGUCCUGCCGAAUAAAUGCGAAACCUACGAAGAUGAAUGUCGUCAGUUACGUUGUGCCUUUGGUAUGCGUCGCGUUGCUUCUGAAGACGGAUGCUCACGUUGUGUAUGUGAGAACCCUUGUGAACAACAGUCUUGUCCAGAAGGUCAACGAUGUGCUGUAGACAUAUCUAGCGAUACUAAUCGACAAUUCGAAGCCGUAUGCCGAGAUAUUAAUAAGCCAGGAGAGUGUCCAUCAAUAUUAGCAAACUCCAGUAAUUGCGCACGUGAGUGCUACACAGAUGCGGACUGCCGUGGUGAAAAUAAGUGUUGUAGUGAUGACUGCGGAGCAAUAUGUGUACAUCCUUCACAACCCACGCCAGUAACAUCACGACCCACAACAACUCCAGUAGUUACUUACCCAAGUGAUGCAAAGGCAGCUUUAGAACCGAAAAAACCACAGGAAGUGAAUGUGCAGGCCGCUGUAGGUGGUAUUGCUGUUUUACGUUGUUAUGCAACUGGUAGUCCAGCACCCAAUGUAACAUGGUCUCGGCAAAAUGUGCUGAUCAAUACUAAUCAAGGACGUUACCUGCUUACGGCAUCCGGUGACUUGACCAUUGUACAGGUGCGCCAAACUGAUACUGGCUCAUAUGUCUGUGUUGCAAGCAAUGGCCUAGGUGAACCUGUGCGACGUGAAGUAGAGCUUCAAAUUACAGAACCUAAAGAAAUACCUUCAUACAUAUAUGGUGAUAAGAAUGGUACACAGAUUGUUACACUCAAUAGUCCUGCCUUAGUUCGCUGUCCAGCUGGUGGACACCCUGCUCCACAUGUGAGUUGGUGGCGCCAUCGCAAACACUUGGGUCUAAUAAGCGAUAAAUUUGAACUUACCCGUGAUUAUUCCCUUAUGUUCCGUUCAGUCCAAUUAGUUGACUUGGGUCCGUAUACUUGCGAAGUGUAUAACGGAAUUGGUAAGCCGUCUUCUAUGAAUAUUGUGCUUAAGGCUGUAGGUCCUGCACGUGCUGUUAAUAACGAAGACUCUGCUUAUUUGCAAUAUAUUAUUGAUCCGGCAAGAGUACCAACAACGGCAAGACCUGCGUAUCCUUACCGACAGACACCAAGUUAUGUACCACCACAACCACCAAUUGAGGUGGAGCCACCAACUCGUCCACAAGUGGUACCGGUGCAAGUGGUUUUAGGCUUGGAUCCUAGAAAUAAUUAUACUCCAGGCUCAACAAUUGCUUUAAGUUGCUCUGUACAAGGAUUCCCAACACCAGAUGUAACAUGGAUAAAAGACUCAGCUCCAUUACUGCCAAGUGAUCGAAUACAAAUUACAACAAAUCCAUAUCGUCUGGUUGUAAACAAUAUUACUGCUGAAGAUGCGGGCAUGUAUGGCUGCGUCGCUAAAAAUUCAGUCAGCUAUAAUAUUGCUGAAGAGAAGAUAAAUGUUGAAUCCUCAAUUCAAGUUCAUCCAGAAUGUGUGGAUAAUCCUUACUUUGCGAACUGCGCGCUGAUUGUUCGAGGAAGAUACUGCAGUAAUCAGUACUACGCUAAAUUCUGUUGCAGAUCUUGUACACUAGCUGGUCAGAUUAUCCCGUCACAUCCUAAUGCUCUUUAAGCAAUAAAGCAGCCAAAGUUAGCGUAAAUGAAGAACGUUAAAUUGUAAUCACACACUAAUUUCACUGACUAAAAAAGUUACUGAAAUUAAAAAAAUAGAAACGAAUUUUUUGCAUGCUUGUUCGCACAGAGCAAAUGCGGCUCAGGCCCAAGUAAGCGUAUUAAACUAGGUUAAAAUUAUGUUGAAAGCAUCAAUUGUUUAGUUUAUAACAAUAAUAGAAAUACCUAAUACUGAAAUACUUAAUAAACUAAAAACAUUGAAAUAAAUGGAGAAAUUUAUAAUAUAUAACUUAGAAUUUGUUAAGUGCAGCCAUUAAAAACGAUCAUAGUUUCUGUGAAGAUAAUUAGCUUUGUAAUUUGUUCCUAUUUAUUGCUCAAACUAAUCAUAAUAAAAAAGAUAUAGAUUCUAUGUUGAUAGACCUCUAUGUAUAAACUAUAAACGAAUGAUUAAUAAUAAUUUUAUUUCGAUAUUUAAUUAAAUAAAUA